AAAUACAGGCAGUUGGGAAUGCAUUUGGAACAUACUUUAGGGUUACAACAUAUGGAGAAUCUCAUGGGUGUGGGGUUGGUUGUGUGAUUGAUGGAUGUCCUCCUCAGAUUCCCCUCUCUGAAGCUGAUAUUCAACUUGAUUUGAAUAGAAGGAGGCCAGGUCAGAGCAGAGUAACUACGCUUCGAAAAGAGACCGAUGAAUGCCAAAUAUAUUCCGGCAUUGCUGAAGGCAUCACAACUGGAUCUCCGAUCAUGGUAAAAGUACCCAACACAGAUCAGAGAGGACAUGAUUAUAGCGAAAUGUCAAUAAAAUGUAGGCCUUCUCAUGCAGAUGCCACUUAUGACUUCAAGUAUGGUGUGAGAUCAGUUCAGGGUGGUGGUAGAUCUUCAGCUAGAGAAACUAUUGGGAGAGUUGCUGCUGGAGCUGUUGCUAAGAAAAUUCUUAAGCAAUUUUCAGGAACUGAGGUUCUUGCUUAUGCUUCUCAAGUCCACGAUGUUGUACUUCCAAAGGAUCUUGUUGAUCAUGAGAGUCUGACUCUUGAUCAGAUAGAGAGUACUAUUGUUCGGUGCCCGAAUCAUGAGUACGCAGAGAAGAUGAUUGCUGCCAUUGAUGAUGUCCGAGUGAGAGGAGAUUCUGUUGGUGGUAUUGUCACAUGCAUUGUCAGAAAUGUUCCACGUGGGCUUGGUUCACCGGUCUUUGAUAAACUUGGAGCUGAGCUGGCUAAAGCUGCUAUGUCCUUACCUGCGUCAAUGGGCUUUGAGAUUGGAAGCGGGUUUGCAGGUACAUUUCUGACUGGGAGUGAGCAUAAUGAUGAGUUCUUUAUAGAUGAACAUGGCCGAAUUAGAACCAGAACAAACCGCUCUGGUGGGAUUCAGGGUGGAAUAUCCAAUGGAGAAUUAAUAGACAUGAGAGUAGCUUUCAAACCAACGCCUACAAUUAGAAGGAAACAGCAUACAGUUACAAGAGAUAAGCAAGAGACGGAGCUUAUAUUCCGAGGUCAACAAGAUCCUUGUGUUGUACCACGAGGAGCAGUUAGCUUGCACGUUCUGUUUAAUCACAUAAAGGGAAGAAGGAAAACACCCUCUAAUAGUUUGUUGAUGGAUCAUUUUGCUGCUUGUGAUGGUGCAGCGGUGCCAGUGGUUGAAGCAAUGGUGGCUCCGGUGCUUGUGGAUCAACUGAUGGCACAUUAUGCACAAUGUCAAAUGUUUCCAAUUAAUCCAGCAUUACAGGAACCCUUGGAGUUUCCAAGACUACUUGAGCCUGCUGCCACUGCUCUUUAAAAGGUGCGGAGUGUCUGCCUCGUCUUCUCUGGUACCUUCUCCCCGACUUCUUUAGCUCACACCAUUUUCCUAAAUUCCCAAGAUUCUAUGUUUUAAUCGAGUGAUUCGUUUAUAAUUUCUGUAUGAAACCCGCCAUCGUAGGGUGUCAUGUUCAAGCAUUGUUUUCCCCUUGCUUUG